CUUUCUACAAUCAAGAUUAUUCUGUUGUUGAAUGUGUUUGGAUUUGGAGCUAUAGUUCUAUCAACCUUAUAUCUUACAAAAGGAGACAAACGUGUUACAGUUAUAGGAUGGUUUAAUCUCAUCUUAAACAUUUGUGUAUUUGCUUCUCCUCUUGGCAGCUUGAGACGUGUGGUGAAGACAAAAAGUGUGGAAUUCAUGCCAUUUACUUUGUCUUUCUUUUUGACCUUAAAUGCAGUCAUGUGGUUCUUCUAUGGUCUUCUUCGUCAUGACUAUUACAUUGCUCUUCCAAAUACACUUGGAUUUUUGUUUGGAAUUAUUCAGAUGGUGAUGUACAUGAUUUAUAGGAAGAACAAGAACGUGGUGUUAGAAGAGCCAGUAAAAUUGCAAGAACUCAAUAAUAAUAAUAAUAAUAACAA